UGAAGUGCAGGAUGCACAGAGCGGGGAGCAGGAUACACACACGGGGUGCAGUGCCGGUUCCCCCCUCAGCUGGGGGCGGCGCGAUGCAGAACCGGAGCGCCUCGUGCUCAGCUGCGGCUCCUUUAAGACCAGCGGGGCCGGCGGGGCGGGGCGGGGCGUGGGGCGUGCGCGGCUCCCGGUGGCGGGGGGCUCCCGGCUCGUGUCCGCCCGUGCCCCGGCCCAUGGCCCGGCCCCCGGCGCCGCCCGGCUCCCCGCGCCUUUUCGGGGCGCUCAGCACCGCGCAGCUCCGCGCCCUGCUGCAGGACGAGCCCCGGCUGCAGCGCGCAGCCCGCCUCAGCAGGAAGUUUCAGAGUCUGCAGCUGGAGCGAGAUAUGUGUUUGGCUUCAAACUGCACCUUGGCCAGGGUGAACCUGUCCCUGCGCCCGCGGCUGGAGGACGGGAAGGCUUCCCUAGCCAUCAAGUACCAGGAGCUGCAGGAAAUACGAGAGGCAUGUUGGGACAAGCAGCAGCGCCUGGAGGCGUACCUGGAGAAGUGGAGCCUGCAGAGCGCCCUAGUCCAGCUCCAAGCCAAGCUCGAUGCCUCUGAGGCAGAGUCGGAGGCACAGAUAGAGCAGUUCCUGGCCCAGGAUGUGCCCCUUGAUUCUUUUCUGGAGUCCUUCUGCCAGAGCCGCACACGCUCCCAUGUCUGCCGGACACAGCUGGAGAAACUGCAGGAGCUGCUGCAGAAGAAUCUGGUGGGCAGGGACCCUACGUGCCCCACGGAGCACCCAGGUGCCCUGGCUAGCCCAGCACCAGCCCGCCUUGCCCCCUUGCGGAGUGGAGUAGCCCCCAAAGCCUUUGAUCUCUCCUAUGGCUUUGUGCCCGCUUUUCUUAUGCCCUCGGAGGCUGUUGUGCCCUUUGCCAUGCCAGCUGCACCUCCCAGACACCAUCUCCCAGCCCUGGGACACCAGCCACCAUCUCCCUGCUCCAAAAUCCCCAGCCCGGGCUCACCCCUGCGCCUCAUUGGACACAUCCGCCUGCUCAGCCCCCAGCCCUUCCGCAGGCAGCAGCGGCCGCAAUACCAAAAGCAGGAGCCUCCACACCGAUAGCAGGGCAGGGACGGGGGAUGUCCCUGCUCCUGGUGCUGUGCCUCCACAGGUGCUGUGCAGGAACACCCUGGCCAGGGAGCACGUGGGGGUGGGUGCACGGUGUAGGCACAGCUCCAAGGGGCUGCAGUGUCUGUUGGGCAGGCACAGGGGUGGGUGCUUGGUGGGGGGUGGGAUGGGGCAGGCGUCAUGACUAGGCAGUGGGUCCUGCUCCUGGGGAGCUGCUGGAGGGGAUGUCUUUGCAUCCACAGCAAGAGGAACAGUGAUAGGAGGUGGGGGCGGGUGGUUUGCAUGGAUGUCAGCAGGCUCAGUCAGGUGGGAGAUAGCAGGGGAGAGGGCCCUGGAGCACUGGGCACCACGUGCUUUCUAAAUAAAGGCUCUUUUCCAUAC